AUGGCUCCUCGUUAUGCGCUGUCCGAGUCCGAGUCGGAGCCCGAUGAGCCUGCAGCCCCUGCGGCCCCCUCUGACGAUGCGCUCGAAAAGGCCUUGCGCGAUACAGUGGCCAAUGUCUACAAAUCGGGGAAGAUGGAGGAAUUGACAGUAAAGCGCGUGCGUCUAGCAGCGGAGAAAGCCCUCGACCUCGAGGAGGGCUUUUUCAAGAGCCACGAUACCUGGAAGGCGAGGAGCGAUGAGAUUAUCAAGGAUGAAGUGUCUGUGCAAGAUAAGGCCGCACAAGAUUCCGGACCAGAGGAUGACGAAGACGAGAAACCUGCUUCUCCUCCGCCAGAGAAAGCGAAGAUGCCCAAGCGCACAAAACAGGAUAGCUCCGCUACCUCCCGCAAACGCCAGAAAACAGGCAUGCCAGAAUCCGCCGACGAGGACGUCAAGAAACCAGCGAAGAAGCCGACGAACCGAAAGACAUCUUCAUCGGAAUCUCCAAAAGCACAGGAUCCAGCCGAUUCCGACGCUGCAGAAGAAGCGAACGCCGAACCCAAUGCGGAGUCAGAAAGUGAGAUGUCGGUGGUGCUUGACGAAGAGCCCAAACCCCGGAAGCGACAGAAGAGCUCCGAGCCAUCGCAAAAAGGAAAGAAAAAGGCCCCGACGAAAGCCAAGGGAAAGGACGCCGAUUUGGAUCCGAACCAGGCGGAGAUUAAGCGCUUACAAGGCUGGUUGCUCAAAUGCGGCAUCCGCAAGAUGUGGUCGCGGGAGCUGGCUCCCUAUGACACCCCCAAGGCGAAGAUUAAGCAUCUCAAGGAUAUGCUGAAGGAGGCAGGGAUGGAAGGCCGGUAUUCUCUGGAGAAAGCGCGACAGAUCCGAGAGGAGCGAGAACUGAAGGCAGAUCUCGAAAUGGUCCAGGAAGGGGCGAAGUUAUGGGGGAAGGAGAGUGCCGACGAAGGUAGCGACACGGGUCAGCCUCGACGGAGGUUGAACCGAGGCCGACAAGCUCUUGCUUUCCUGGAGAGCGAUGGCGAGGAAACGGACUGA